AUGCCAGUGCUGUCUCCUGAAAUCAAAUUUGAGCCUCCUAAUGUCACCAGAAAUACCCUUGAUGGUUGUUUUCUUUUUGAGAGUAGUUGGAGGAAAGCAGUGUUAGAAACACAAAAGAUGAGGAAAGAAUACACUGCAGCAUUUGGUCUAGAAGAAUUCAAAGAAUGUGUCAAAAUGCCAUAUUUACCAGGAUUGCAAAAUUGCCAAAAGAGCGUAAGUUCCACUCCACUAGAGUUUCAUAGAAGACUCCUGCAUGCUGAUACUGAGGUGCCUCCUGUCAGGUUAAAGAAGACUAAGCCCGCAUGCACUGUGACACCACUUCAGGAGAAAUCAAAAGGUUCUGGCUUCAGCGAUCCUCUUGCUGGAGCACCAUCUCAGUACUUACAGAGACUUUCCAACAUGGCCAUUUUGGAGUAUGACACCAUUCGUCAAGAAACAAGCAAAAAAUUUAAAAAGAGCAAGAAACGAGAGCUUCGAGACUGCUGA